AGCAUUCUAAGCACUCACUACAAUGGCUCCCAUCGAGAACCAUAUAGCCUGAAAAACUGUCAGGGAGGCACUGCCGUUGACCUCUCAGGUGGUGAUAACUACUCCAUCAUCGGUUAUUACCCUCACGAUGAUUCCAACCAGGCGUGGAUCUUCCAGCAGGAUGGCGACCAGAACGGGUGGUUCAUAAAGUCGUCCCGCUCUGGAAAAUAUUUUGGGAUCGAAGGCAGCCCCAAUAAUGGCACCGCGGUCGUUGUUGUUCCGAAUCCCUUCAAGUGGGAUGUCAAAGACUCCGACGUCGAAAGCGCUAAAGGCAUUAGGAUAUUGGUCCAUGGCACCAAUUUUAGCUUAGACCUCGACUGCGGAAAUUCGGCAAACCUCACGAAAAUUCAGCUUUGGGGCAGCUGGCCUGGCGCCAAUCAGAUUUAGGGACUUAUCGAGCAUCAAUGACCACGGAAGGAAUGCAAGACAGAAUAGCUUCAUCCAGGCUGUAGUUGUUUGACAACUAGUGACCAGGAGUAGUGUGUCUAUAUCCAAUAUAUUGCUCAUGUAUAAGCUGUACGAAGCUCGGAUAAGGUUGUGAGUUGGUUGUGAGCGUCAUGUCUGUGAUGGGUAUACGAAUUGCAAUCCUGCGGUUAAGUUCAAUU